AAAAGCUAUUCAAGCUAAACCAACACUACUGAUCUGAACGGUGUUCGGUGAACGAAUCCAUUCACUUCAUUCAUAAAUAAAACUUAGUACAUUCGUUCAACUUGGAUAGUUAGAAGUGUGGUUUUGAUCGAAAUUUAUUCAUGUACCCCGAACAAACUUGUUCUUCAUAUUUUGCUGCAAGCAUUCUGAAUAAUUAGCAUAGGAGUGAAAUUUCUUCACUGCCUUUAUUUGAAAGAAAAAAAAAUUCAUAAUUACAUUCCCAAUCAAGUUUAUUUAUAACUUAUUCGGUCAAAUUAAACUGUUCUCUUACUAUACGCCCACGAACAAUGGAUGAAAAAAAAAUUAAUUCACACUUGUUGUGCAUCUCGAAUCCCCAGCACGCCUUGUCUACGAGCUUCGCUGAGAAAAACAUAACACAAUUUCAGUAUGCUCUUGAAUGUGGAGCUGAUCCGAACGUGCAUGAAGGAACAAGUGGAUUGUCGGUAUUCGAAUACGUUUGUCAAACUCCUGGGUCCAGUUUAUUUAUGAAAGAGUGCUUGAAUAAUGGCGCAUUGAUUGAUUCCAGGAAUGUUACUGGCAAACAUCCGUUGCAUUUCGCGAUCUCGUCAUUUGACCCUGAGAAUCUUCGCACAUUAUUAGAUCACGACAAGUUUAAUGUAGAUGUCACGUAUCAAGAUCAAACUGCUUUACAUAUUCUGUUGGAUAGAAUAGAUGACCUAAACUGGAAAAAAAUAUUCUCGUGCGUAAAGUUGCUGUUACAAGCCGGAGCGAACAUCAAUAUUCCAAACGAAGAUAAUAGGAGCGCUCUCGGGGUGUUUGCGAAAAAUUCAAAAAAUUGGACACAGAAAAAUGAGUAUUGGAGGAAAGAUGUGUUGGAAUACUGUCUGAAUAAUACAGAAGUGGAUGUUGAUUCUUUUCGUAAAGGCGAAUUGAGAAAAAAGAUAAACGAUUUUUUUCCUGAUACAAUUAUUCCGCAUCGCAUCAUGAAAAAUAAUCUAAGCACAUUGUUAGCUUUGAUAAAGAGUCAGAAUGAAACAAAGUUCAACUCUGCUUAUGAGCAGUACUCAGGAAUUCAAAAAGAUGAAGCCGGCUGGCAACAUGAAUGGAAAGAACUUUUGAAAAAUUCAGUGCAGUCUGGGAGGUUGAAUUUCGUGAAAAAAGUAUUGGAAUAUGAUCAAAUCUUCAAAAAUUAUGAAGACUUAUCAGAACUUUUAAGCACAUGCUGCAGUUUUGGAUUUUACGAUAUUUUAUCGUUCUUGCUGUCAAAAAUAGAAAAUAUUGAAAGUAACAUAAAACAAAUAAACAAGGCACCAUUAUUAUGCCUAGCAAUCAAGGAAAUAAAUACUCUUAAAGAAAAAAGCAAAUGCCCUUUUUUCAAAUGUUUAGAAAUAUUGUUGAGCGAUGGUCGCAUCGAUAUUGAUAAAACCGAUGAUAAAGGAUGUAGUGCCCUACAUUAUGCAGUUAAAUAUAAAGUGGAUGCAGCCGUGGAUAUAUUGCUGCAAUAUAAAGCUUACAUAGGAUCCCAGAAUAUGUUUUCAGAAUUACCUAUUUGCGAAAUGAGUACGGAACUGUUGGAAAAAUACCUCGAUUCUUGCAUCACUGCGAACGAUAAAAGACCCGGUGACGAUGAUUACGAGAUAACAAUAGACUUUUCCUGUUUGGUACCACCGAUGUAUAAAAAAAACUACAGCUCAACGAAUGAACAAGUGACUUCAAAAUGUCCAGAUGAAAUGCUACCAAUCGUCUACAUGGCAAAUUCUACAGAUAUGAAACAUCUUCUGAAGCAUCCAGUUAUUUCAAGUUUUGUACUCAUCAAAUGGUUGAAGUUAAGCCUCUAUUUUUAUAUCAAUUUGCUUAUUUGUACAAUAUUUUUCAUAUCAUUUACUUGGUACGUUGUGGGAUGCUACGGACAAGAAGACGUUAAUAUUUGGCUUAAGAAUAUCGUUCAUUCGAUUUCAUUUAUCGGUGUCACAUAUAUGGCUUUGCGAGAAGUUGGUCAAAUGAUUCUUCACACGAAAACAUAUUUCACCUCUGUUGAAAAUUGGAUGGAAAUAAUGUUAAUUUUAUGUUCAUACACGGUGCUUUCUAGAGAGUUUAGCAACGAAAUUCGAUUAUUCAUUUCGGCAUUCGUGAUCCUAUUAUCAGCUGUAGAGUUUACAUUAUUGGUAGGCACUUUACCAGUUUUGUCGAUCUCAACGCACAUGGUUAUGCUGAAAACCGUUUCCAAAAGUUUUCUAAAAAGUCUAGUAUUAUACUCGAUUAUUCUCGUGUCAUUUGCCUUUUGCUUCUAUACAUUAUUCAAUGUGGACAACAUUAAGCUUAGAAAUGAUGACGAUAAUCCUACAAAUCCCGAAGAAGAAUUCAAUACUUUUGGAAAUAUAAGGACCGCGCUAUUAAAAACAGCUGUAAUGUUAACUGGUGAAUUUGAAGCAGCUAAUAUAAAUUUUCGAGCAAACAGCGUUAGUUAUGUGAUAUUUGUGUUGUUCUUAUUUUUUGGAGCAAUUGUUAUUUUCAACCUAAUGAAUGGUUUGGCCGUCAGUGAUACAACGGCUAUCAAAGCUGAAGCAGAGCUUAUAGGAUUAUCCCAAAAAGUUGAUGUGAUUGCAAAGUAUGAACAAGCUUUAUCGACAUCAAAAUCGGACGGUGCUAUAAUACGAGGAAUAUUUUCGAUUUUUCCUAGUACGUUUUUAAAACUAUUCCCUAAAUAUAUUCCACAAUUUUUUAUAACUGUGAUGCCCAACCAAUCGAAUGCAAUUUUAAUACCUCAAAAACAACGAUGUGUGGAUGGCGAUACCACAGUCGAUGUCGAAAGCCAUAUAGAAUUAUUGCCCGUCGGAAGUAAAUUCUAUGAUAAAGUUAAAAUAACUGUUGGGUGUUGUGUUCUACCAGCAUUUUCUAGAAUGGAUACAAAAAUCAUGAAGUACGCCAGAGAAAUACUGCAUUCUCGAAAUAAACGAUCCCAUGUCGUAAGCCAAGUAGAACCUUUGGAAGAUAGAUUAUCCAGAAUGGAGAGCAACAUUGAAAAGAUAUUACAAUGCCUGCAAGAAUUAAAAUAGAUUUGACAACAUUA